AGCGCGAGAGCUUUAAAAACAAAACAUUUCCCCACUUUUUUGCAAAAAUAAUUGCAAAAUAUGCAUAGAAUACCUUUGCAUAUGGUUGCAAGCCCUUCUCCCGAGGACUCUGAAUAUGUCACGAUGUCGAAGGUGAUGUGUCCGCGCAACCUGAUAGAGUCCGAGCUGUUCUUGAAGAUUUUGCAGAAGGAAACUGAUGCAGUUUUCGCCAGCUUUUCCGACAAUGCCCCAAGUUGCCUUAAUAUUUCCAAAGAGUGUAUGAAUAUAAAAAACCCUGUUUUACUGAUGAAGACUUUGCAGAGCCUCGACGAAAUUAUUUGCCGCGCACCUAGCGGCACCACUACAUUCGUGGACGCGGUUCUGGCUCGAAGUGUGAUCUAUAUGAAAAGUAACCAGCAUUCGGUUGCCUGUAAUGACUUGCUAUAUUAUGAGUCUUUAGAUCCAGCUCUCAAGACCACAGAAGGAACUAUAGUCUCGCAGAUACUUUUGUGCAUAUGUCUCUAUAUGGUGCGGAAAUAUAAAGAAUCGAAGGAGAAAUAUACCUACAUACAAGACCUCAUUGAAAAAAGCCUCUUACCUGAUAAGAGUGAAAUUGAUUUAUUUCUGACUCUCCUAAAUCAAUAUGAUAAGAAAAUUAACCAAGAAAGGAGAAAUGUUGAGUUUAGCAAAAAGGUCAGAAGCAAGACCUUAAACCCCUUUGAGGGUUUUAAGAUGACCAGAAAAAUUCCAUAUGCCAGCACAGCCUGUCUAUACUUCGAAAAAUCCUCGGAGAAGUCUGCCGGAGUGUUUGCAUCGGGCGAUAUUCCCAAGGGAGAAAUAGUGCUGGUGGAGAACCCUGUAUACUUUCAGUUCAGUGCUCCAUUCCUUAACUGCGACAAGUGUGGAAUACAUCAGGAACUGCUUUACACCUGUGAUAUCUGUCGUUAUAAAACUUAUUGCUCAAUGUCGUGCAUAAAAUCAGAUGCGGAAGUUCAUCAAAAUGAAUGCUAUGGAUAUAAAAUUGGCCUUAUACCAAUGCUAGAGAGCACGAUGCUGUUUCGAUUGUUCCUUGAAUCAGGCGAGUACAUACUUCCGGCUCUAGUCGACUUCGCGAUGGAUGGCGGGGUAGUUAACAACCCCCGGGACGCUUGGAUCUUUAUACUAGAGCAUGCUCAAGAAGAGGAUAAAAAUUACAAUAUUGUUGGCGAACUUCUAGCCACAGCUCCAGAUUACAAACGUCUCACCAAGGAAAAGUACCAAGAAAUUGUAACCACAGCAUUUCGCCUGUCGGUUUUUAUUUACAAUGACACCAACCUCACAGAGAAAUAUUUUUAUUUGCUAACUCUUAAGAAAAUAGACAUGAUAAAUGUGAUAGCAGCUAUACUUUUACGGUUGAGUGGCCACGUUCUAUCAAAUUCCCAGCGAGAUGAGCUUAACUAUUUAAAGUCUCACGAAGACAUGAAUGAAGCUCAUGAAGAACUCGCAGAAUGUGAUACUGAACCGUUGCCAGCUGACCGUAUAAGUGCAAAUGCAUUUAAUUAUUAUGGAGUUAAUGCGAUAUCAGAUUUUUUAGACUGUUACAAUAGCGUACACAACAGUGUAGAUGAGAUAGAAAACGAGUUGCCAGAAAAGAGUUCAAAUUACAGUCCAAUGUGCCAGUUUGCCGAUCGACUACAUUCGAUAUGCAUACAAAAAUACGAAAUUGAAACUAUUGAAGAUUUAAUAAACGCGAAGACUCUACCCACCAACCAAGUGGACGAAGUUCUCGACAUUUUUAACACUUCAAAACGCUGUCAGUUGCUUACAUGUGUUGCCAAAUACUAUCAUCAAUUUGUUCAUCAAUAUUUUAACAAAGUUGAAAAUAUCUUCCAAGUUAAGUCAACGCUUUGCGCCACUUUAAAAGCAUUUAAUCAGAAUUGUGAGACCGAAAAUGUAAAAGUCAUAUCCAUUUCCACCGGCAAACGCGUGGGAGUAACUGUCAAAAAUGUCGUUGCUGGCGAGGAAUUAGUGGUUUGCCCUGAAUUUUUAAAGCAAAGUGAUCAGAACAUAACAUUGGAUCUGCCACUGUGUCGAGACUUAAAUUUUCCGUCCAAAACAAAUUAUGGGAAAUCAACUGCAAGUGGCUUACAAAAAAGCUUUGGUAAUUCACCCGAGUUUUUACGACAUAACAAAGCCUUUACUUUCACAAUUUACAAUAAAUUACUUGCUUGGAAUCAGUCCCGAAAAGAUCUAAAGCUUCAACUUCAUUUGUCCAUUUUAUUUGGCACCUACAAUAGUUUUCUUGCCUUGCAUUGCCCAGAAAAGGAUGAGAAACGUUUGCUGGGAGUGCUUAAAUUCUCCAUGUUCUUGGCCAUGAAUGGAUUUUUACAACAUGCCAGUGAUAAUGUCGUACACGUAGUUGAGUUAAUUGAGUUGGAUGAUAUAUAUUUUAAGGAUAUCGACACCUAUCGACAAAUCUUUUAUGUAAUCAAGCGCAUUAAUGAGGAAUAUUGUAAGAUCAUGAUUGAUUGUCAAGGUGCCGUUCCGGACUUCCUAAAAAUGAUACUUGUAAGCUGUUCAUUAAUUUUAAAAAGACUGGAGCUACACACCAAAGCUUUAAUUGAUAACGAAGAGGCUUCGUCUUUGUUCAUGGAAUAUAGUACCUAUCAUUACAAAUGGAAGGCAAUACUUAACUCUUAUGCCCUGAUACCACCAGGUUUAAAGAACUUUUUUGCUGACCCUAAAAAGAAGGGAAAAUUGUGUUAACUAAUUUAAUAUGAGGGGAAUUUUUUAUGUUGAAUAAGCGUUACGUUUAUAAGCCUGUUAAUGCUCACACUCCUAAUGAAACAAAGAUUUUUGUUAAAAUAUUUUUAUGAAAGAUUACAUUCCAGUGAACUUAUAUUUAUGUUUCGGACAACCAACUAAUUGGUAUUAACUUGUGCCACUGUUUUCACAAUCAGUUUGGCAAACGAAAAAGAAAGAAAUUUGAAUGAAAACUUUUUACUUAAUACUUUACUUAAUGUCUUAGCGUUAUCUCUUUUCAUUGUUCAGCUUCAAAAAUAAACACUUCCAAUACUUUAAUGUUUUUAUAUCAGCGGCA